AUGUCGAUUUUUGCGCAUGCGAACUACGAUUUACGGACAGAAUUGGUUUUCUGGUAUCAUUUGAGGACAACUGACGCAGAAUCACAUCGGAUGCUUAUUAAAGCUUACGGUAAAUAUUCUCUUGGUAAAACUUGGUAUUUCGAGUGGUUUAAAAAGUUCAAUAGUGGUGAUUUUGACGUGAAAAACGAAGAGCGUGGGAAACCACCGAAAAUUUUCACAGACGAUGAAUUGCAAGUCUUAUUGGAUGAAGAUGGUACUCGAACUCUACAAGAACUCGCGAAUCAGUUGAAUAUGACGCAGGAAGCCGUCCCCAUUCGUGUAAAAGCUAUGGGAAAGGUUCAAAAAGUGGGAAAAUGGGUUCCGCACGAACUGAAUGAAAGGCAGAAAGAAAAUUGA